GUGGGGAAGUUAGAAAAGUUGGAAACUUCCAAUAAAGAAAGCUCUCGCUUUUUACUUGUUAAAACCAAAGAAUAGUCACCGAAGCAACCUCUAUCGUUUGCACAGAUUCCAUAAGGAUUUGCUUUUAAAGUCAGUAUUCAGGUGGCCGUAAUUGGGUUUUCUUUUUUGGUUGCUUUCAAGCAGCACAGAACACCCAAACUUGAGACCUGGAGGUUUCUGUGCAAGAAAGUGGAGUGGUGGUUUCGAUCAAGAAGACAAUCGAAUCUCACCGUGCGUGGCAUUGGUGAUCUUUUGAGCCGAAAUUUGGAUCUACUGGGAGCUUUAAGAAUGCUUUAAAUUGGUCGAAGUGGGUAUAGUUUUUUUUUGCUUCAAACCAUAAAGGAUCUCCAGCUGGUCUUUACAUUGUGAAAGUAGCUAGUUUGAGGCAACUAGCUAGAAGGUGUUCUGUGAGAUUGUAUCUUGUGGGUAUUUAGUUUGGAGACGUGGGUUGUGCUGCUUAUGCAAUUUUGAGCUUCACCGAGUUGAUUCGGAAGGAGGAGAGAGUCUCGGAAAAGGCGCAUUUUUGAAGGUGUCUGAUAUUCACAUGGGUUCACAGUGCUCCAAGCCCCUGCUAUGUUGCCGUGUUUCAAAACAUAAGGCGUCAAUGCUCACGGCGCCUGAUGCUGGAAAUGAGGAGAAGAAGGAGGUCAGUUACUCAUCUACAUUCCGUGAAUUCACCCUUGAGCAACUUAAGAAUGCCACUUGUGGUUUUGCGGUGGAGAAUAUUGUGUCCGAGAAUGGUGAGAAAGCUCCAAAUGUGGUUUACAAGGGGAAGCUGGAGAAUCAGCAGAGGAUUGCUGUCAAGCGAUUCAAUAGAACAGCCUGGCCAAAUGCAAAGCAAUUCGUGGACGAAGCAAGGUUGGUCAGCCAGCUCCACAGCCAUAGGCUGGUAAAAUUGAUUGGUUGUUGUUGGGAAGACGACGAGAGGCUGCUUGUGGCCGAAUAUAUGCCCAAUAAUACACUCGCAAAACACCUGUUCCAUUGGGAAACACAUCCUUUGAAGUGGGCAAUGCGGUUGAGGGUGGUUUUACGCGUUGCACAAGCUCUUGAAUAUCUUACAAGCAAAGGUCGUGCCCUUUAUCAUGACCUAAAUCCUUACAGAGUUUUAUUUGAUGAGGACGGUAAUCCUACACUUUCAUGCUUUGGCCUGAUGAAGAGUAGUGGGAAUGGAAACACUUACAGUACAAAUUUGGCAUUCGCUCCUCCCGAGUUUCUUAAAACUGGCAAAGUGACGCCGGAGGGUUUAAUAUAUAGCUUUGGAACUCUUUUGCUCGACGUUCUUAGCGGCAAACAUAUUCCCCCUAGCCAUGCCCUUGAUCUGAUACGGGACAGGAACCUCGACAUGCUGACAGAUUCUUUCUUGGAAGGACAGUUUGCCAAUGACGCGAGGACUGAGUUGGUUCGCUUAGCUUCUCGAUGUCUGCAAUAUGAACCCCAAGAAAGGCCAAAUGCCAAGUCAUUAGUAGCUGCUUUGAUUCCUCUUCAUAAGGAAAAUGAGGUUCCUUCUCAUGUCUUGAUGGGUAUCGCGCUCAGUUCUUCCUUCUCACCUCAAACCCCACUUGGUGAAGCAUGCUCAAGAAUGGACUUGACUGCCAUACAUGAGAUAUUGGAGGAAAUGGGGUAUAAAGACGACGAAGGAAUUGCCAAUGAGCUCUCCUUCCAAAUGUGGACCGACGAAAUGCAGGAGUCAUUCAGCUCGAAGAAAAAAGGUGAUGCUGAUUUCCGGCAGAAAGAUUUCAAAACGGCAAUCGACUGCUACUCACAGUUUAUCGAUGCGGGAACGAUGGUGUCUCCUACACUCUUUGCUCGCCGCAGUUUGUCUCAUCUAAUGUGUGACUCACCCCAGGAAGCCUUGAAGGAUGCAAUGCAAGCCCAAGUUAUAUCUCCAGUUUGGCACAUAGCAUCCUACCUACAAGCUGCUGCACUUUUUGCCCUUAAAAUGGAAACCGAAGCACUUGUAGCCCUUAAAGAGGCUUCAGUUCUUGAAGCCCAAUGGAAUCCAACUGAUGGAAAGUGAUGAAAUAAUGUACAGUUUUUUUUGUAAAUCUCCCUAUCCGUUCGCUUUGUUCGGGUCAUACAGCACACAUCAAAAGGUUUCCACUCUGAAGCGGAUUGGCCCGGAGCUUCAUCCAAUUCGUCGGUCACAAAGAUUUGUUCCUUCUUCAUUUUCGUUUCCUGUUCAGAGUUUAGUUUGUGCAACAGAAACUGUUCCUCAUUUUUUUUCUUGUUGGGUGGUUCUGACAUGAGGCUAAGGUACUUCCCUUCAUGAUUUAACCAGUUUCUUGGAGGCAUUGGCUCAUUUGAUGACUCAAAACCUGUCCAUUUAGAUACUAUGGAUUUACUUGGUUGUACCUUUUAUUUUCCUUCAAUCCUGUCAGGUUUUUCAUGUAAUAAACUACGAAGUUAAAAAAAAAAAAACAUUGAAGUCGUUUUUGAA